AUGAUCAUCGCGACCCGCCAAUGCGGGUGUCCCCCGAAAAAGGAGGCUCCGCCAUGUUCACCCUGCUGCACUUUCGGCGAGAAAGUGCCAAUCGAGCUGCCAAAAGUUCGCUGUCACCUUCCAAAAUCACUAAAAUCCAUUCUCUCCCGUCCAAAGUAUCGAGAACCCAGCUGUUGCCCCACGAAACCCUCCAAAACGGCGGAACACACCAGAACCAGCAAGAUCCACUCAGAGAUAGUUGAAAGAGGACUGCCUUACAAAGAGAUAGAAGCCAUCAUCAACGACAAUAAACUGGUGAUAAGAACCCAGAAGGAGCCUCCCAAGCAAGAGUUCGAUCCUCCCUGCGACUGCGUCGAAGAUCCGCGACCGAAGAUCAGCGAGGACGACGUAAAGUCGGAAGAAACGUCCGAAAAUCGCACGUUCACGUUGUUCCCUAGGAAGGACGGCACGGAUGACAACGAACAAACGAACGAUAAUGAGGGAAGCAAGGAUUCUGAGCCUCUGUCGAGGCCUGUCGAGGACAAUCCGAAUAUAUUCAAGCUGAAAAUAUCGAAGAGGUCGAAGAACGGGCAGAACAUUGAUCUAGAAUUCCGAACGCCGCGGCCUUGGUCCAGACAGAUGAGGCUGGAGCACGAGAGACGAGUGUGUAGAAUGAUGAAAUGCGAUGAACCGAAAGAGGAGAAGGUCGAUGACGGUAGAAUUGAACAGAAGAGGAAGAAAAGAAGGAGCAAGAGGAAGAGGAAGAGAUUGAGGAGCGAAGAGAUCACUGGCAGACCGCCUUGUGGAAAGAGGAAGAGGGAUUCGGUGCACUGCUGA